AUGGCUCGGACGGCCUUAGCAGGAGCUAUAGCGGCGUUGACAUCAAACACGUCCAACCAUGUAGACAGGUGCUUAGCAAGGUGCAUCACUCCCUUUCCAGCUGAUGUUCGUAUUUGGGGUUCCUCACUGGUACAAUUGAAUCCACGGCCGUCGCCUUUGUUAAUUCGUAAAAUCCUACAAGCUUUUACGAGGAGGUUCAAGCGGGUGACACUGGUUGCAAAUGGUCGCAAAGUGUACGCAAACGGAAUACAGCUCAGCUCACUUAGACCUCAGCUUGCGGGCGGUGACCUAUUUAUAGCAGCACCUCAGCAGAGUGGCAAGACAUUGCUCUAUCUCCUGCCGGAGGCGAUCCGUCGUUCUUACAUAAAAAGCGGAGAUGUAGAUAAAGCGGCGCAUAAAACACUGGUUUUGCUGCCCACGGUAGACCUUGUAUUGUUAGGCAGCAGAAACGCAGCUGGAGUUCUACGGCAAACAUGCAGCGUGCUUGCCCUGUACUAUAAGGAUGUCUUAAGCGGUCAACACAAGAGUCUAAUACCGAGAUCCGACGUUAUAUACACAACGCCGCAAUGCGCACUCAAGGCUAUGCUGGCGACUCCGGCUCUCUUUGAAGAUGUCAAAACACUGGUUCUUGAUGAAGCACAACGACUCCUGAAGGCACAAUCAUUGUCAACCGUUCUGAGGUUAAAGGCGCUGCUGAAACCGCAUAUUCAGACCAUUGUCUUGGCGCCGCGUAAUGACAAUAUUCUCAGAGAACGAGUUAGCAGAGCAUUAAGGGUGGAUAUGAAGGUUAUCUCGUUCUGCCCGGAACAUGACGGAUCACCAGUGACACGGCAUAUAUGGGGUCCACAGCGUAGCGCCUUCUUCGAUGUUGUGAUGAAGUCCAACGCUAACGUAAAUACGCCCAUAUUGCCAAUGCCUGCAAUAGAGCAAAAGGCGCAAGAGCACAAGAAACGCAUUGUGGACCAUUGCAGGACAAAGGAGCUAUUUAUCGACCACCGUUACCGAUGCGAGUUUGUUCUCUACGAUCCAUCAAAACUAUGUCAAAUGAUACAUGCGACCUUAACCAAAGGAGCUAAAGCCGUUUUCUUCUACCCCACCGUGAGAAUGGCGCAGUUCUGCUACAUCUACUUUAAACACUGUCUGAAAGUCAAGAGACCAAUGUACGCACUACAUGGAGGAUUAUCGCAAGAGAAAAGACGAUAUACAAUAGAUGUAUUCUCGUCUGUAGACGAUGGGGUGCUGUUUUGCACAGACAUAGCGUCAUUGGGCUUAAAUCUUGGUGACGUCGAUUUCGUUGCACAUGUCGGCGCACCGGAAUCCGUUGAAGUAUUGGCUGAUCGCGUUGGAAUGGUGAAAACGAAGGAGUAUGAAUGUAGUAAUUUGUUAUUACUCCACGAUCUCGAUGCUCAUGUUCUCUACGAAGCAUCACAGCUGAAUUGCGACAUACAGCCAACGAAGUGUAGUCCUGACCAGAGCACUAAGUUUGAUGUGCCACGAUCGUGGGUUGAUAAUCCAUGUUACAGCGCUUCUUGCGAACUUAUGUACAGAUCCCUGCUAGGGUAUUACUGCAACCACGCCAUGCGGCUGAAAUUCGAACGCUGGCAAGUGCCCAGUCUUGUCUGCGAAAUUGUGCGUUCGUUCGGUUGUACAGAUACAUUUAGUGUGAGCCAUCAGUUUGCAUCCAGGCUCCAAUUGUGGGACGCGCCAGGGCUGGUGAUAGAUAGACAAUCGAAGCGCAAAACAGAACUACAGGCAGCAGCAGCCGGCUAUCCUGGAUUUAAAUCGAGAGCCAUUCAGACGAACACUACGCAAGUAGACGAACUAUACAGAACACCUCUCCCAAUAAUGGAUGUGGCAAAUAGCCGUGACAGCCUAAUAGACGCUCCGACGGCAACAGCAUGCCAAGAAGCCUAA